AAGUUCAGGAAGUGAGAAGACGCUCAUAACUUCUGCUUCUCUGAAAGACAGUCACAACUUCCAAGUCUCGGCUACCAUGUCUGUCUUUCUCGCCAUCGUGUUUCUAUCUUUGAACGUGGGAGAAUCUGGAGGGGCCAUCAAACCUGUGGUGACCUUCACACCCAACUGGGGGAAUAUAUUAUAUAAUGACGAUGUGACUCUAACGUGUGAUGUGCCGUCUACUGAGGAGCCCCGGACCUAUCACUGGUACAAAGAUAAGAGACCAAUACCAGGAGAUCAACAGAGUCUUCAUAUCUUCAUAUCUUCAGUACAUCAGGACAGAGGAGAUUACCAGUGUCAGACCAUCGGUGGUGAUAUCAGUGAUCCCGUCUUCCUAAAUGUUACAAUAAGUGAGUGAUCUCAUCUCAUCUCCAUCAUUACAGAUUGUUGGGUGUGAAUAGAACAACAUAAAGUAUCAUUUUAUUACAUUUCAGAUCUUAUCAUCCUGCAGAGACCCCCAUCUGCCAUCUAUGAAGGAGACCCCCUGACUCUGAGAUGUCAUCAUUGGAGAUAUUUUAAUGCAAUAAACACAAAAUUCUAC